AAUGCUUCGACUCACAACACACAAAAUGUGUCUUCUUCUUCUGGCUUGUUUAAGCCUCACGGCUGCGAAGCCGCCACCUCCCACCAGCCCGUGGGCUGGUUUCGGCAAGUCGGCAGCUUUUCCGAGAUCUUUAGGACCGCCAUUCGGCAGCCCAGGAAUGGGAGUGAUCGGAGUGCCGUACAUGCCAAAAGCGUCGCCGUUUUUCCCGAAGUUCGUUGAUCCUGCGGCGAUGAUUUCGAAGAAAACAGCGAUGCUGGGCAAUCUAUUCGGUGGUUUAGGACCCGUGGAUUACACAGGGCAACAGGCAGGGGAUUUCUUGCCAUACGCAUCUCGUUUCGGAGCGUCGACACCGGUUUUAUAUUCGCCAGAAAUGGGGGACUACUCGAGCGGAGCGCAGGGAUUCACGAGCGGUGGAAAGGACAAAAUGAAGCGCGACGAUGUCGGCUCGGUCCAAUCGAACGUGGUCGAUGCGGUUCCCAAACUGGUGAAAAUGUCUCGGUUCGUUCCAGCAUUCGCUGGCCCUGGAUCGUCGGCAUAUUCGUCUGCCAAUUUCCCGACGAAGUUUGAUUCCGGAUUUUCGGACGCUGGCUCCGUGAGGUCUCGUCGCAGUAUCGUUGGCGCCGACGACGCUGGCCCUGGAGCAGGGAAGCCCGACGCGGUUUCGACGCCGAAAGAAAUGAUUCCGGGGAUGUUCGGUCCCUUCGGGCCUUUCAAGCCGUACGGGGCAGUGACGGAUCUGCCAAUCCCAAAAACCACGAUCGUGCCGGCCGACUUUUGGUUGCCGAGUUCCAUAAUACCAGGGCCGACCGAAUACACGGACAAAGUGUCAACCUUCUUGCAAAAAUUGUUCGACAAUUUGAAGUUGAACAAAACCCUUGCGCCGGUCGAGAGUGGAGUCGACAACGGCUUUUUGACCAGGUCACUGGCCGACGAGCCCAGCGUGGAAAAGCCACUGGAAUCUCGGUCCGUUGACGACGCAAAGUCUCUGUCGGCCGCGAAGCAGAUCAUUUCGGACUCGAUAGUUGCUGAGCUCGGGGAGCUUAAAACCGACAUGAUCAGCGCGCUCAACGAUUACAUCGUGUACCAGAAAACAGCCGCGAUUGCACCGGGCGCCAAGAAGCCCCUGAAGCCGAUUUCCCCGUUCGCUGCCUUCUUCGCGAAGCCCACAGUGGAUCCGGCGCUUCCAUUCAAGCAACGGAUCACCGUGCUGAGCCAAGUUUUCGACAUGCUCACUCAACUGCAGAAAAAUAUGAGCCUAGCGGUGCAAGAUGCUGGCAAAGAUUCUGGCGAGACACCCUCCUCGCAAGGUCCUCAGUUCGCUCAAACGACGCUCCCCAAGACGAAUUACAUCUCGCCGGACACUUCGAAACCGUUCGAUGACGCCAGCGCCCCUCUCAAUAACAACUUUUCCGACCCCUCGAAACCUGGCCGACUUGUGGGAAUGGACAAACCCUUUGUCACCGGUUAUAACAGCCCGAUCUCACCGGCAGAUUUCCAAGCUGCUCUAAACGCUCGGAUUCUAUCUGACUAUCUUACACCUCUUUGGAGCAGUCGCCCCGAUGUGCCAACCGCUAAGAGAAAUGUCAACAAUGAGGACGGAGAGAUUGCCGAUUCGUACGAAAACGAACGUCAAGAGAAUCGCGCUCAAUAUAAACGACUCGUCCAAAUGGACAUGCAUCAAGGCUAUCAGAGCAUGCCACCCGGGACGAUAGAAUCUCUUCAAGCUGGAGGUGGAGUCGUUCCAGGACAUCAGGGAGGCGGCAUCAAAUUGCUCAUUAAAGUACCCGCUAGGGAUGCGCGCGAACCAGCCUACUUAAAUGACCAAAUGAAAAAUGACGAAGACUGGAGUAAAUGGGCUGAGUGGGCGGAGCAAUUUAAGAGCAAUGACGAAGGUCGCAAGCAUCAUCACAACCAUCACUGAAAGUUAAGAUCUUUCAAAAAUUAUCUUUUGAACAACGACACUCAAAUGAUAAAUAAAAAUUAAUUAUACCUUUUCAGAUUCCUUGUUCAAAUGUAUAAAUUUUAUUUAAUUAUUAAUCGAUUAAUAAAACGUCUUUCACAGUGGA